CAAAACCUUCAUGUCAACAUGAGAAUCGCUGUUGAGGGCUGCUGUCACGGAGAACUGGAUGAAAUCUAUAAAACUAUUGCGGCUCGUGAGCUCGAGAAUGGAUAUAAAGUAGAUUUAUUACUAAUUUGUGGAGACUUCCAUUCAAUUCGGAAUGAGGCAGAUCUUGAUACCAUUGCAUGUCCACGCAAGUAUCUGCACCUGGGCACAUUUCACAAAUAUUAUUCUGGCGAAGCAAAGGUCCCUAUCCCAACCAUCUUUAUUGGUGGUAACCACGAGUCUAGCAAUUAUUUGUGGGAGCUUUAUCAUGGAGGUUGGGUAUGUCCAGAUAUCUAUUUUUUGGGAUGGGGUGGUGUAAUUAACGUGGGAGGACUGAGGAUUGGAGGAAUGUCUGGCAUCUAUAAAAGCGGACACUAUGAGGCAGGACAUUAUGAGGUGACGCCUUAUAACGAUAAUGGUAAAAGGAGCGUCUAUCAUGUCCGCAAGUACGAUAUCUAUAAGAUGCUUCAAGUCAAGGAGCCUUUAGAUGUUUUCCUAUCUCAUGACUGGCCCUUGGGAAUAGAGCGAUAUGGCGACACGGCAAAAUUACUUCGUGUAAAAAAGCAUUUUAUUCCGGAUGUGCAAAAUAAUAGACUUGGGAGCAAACCAUAUGAACAAGUUUUGAGAACAUUGAGGCCAGCGCAUUGGUACUCUGCACAUCUACAUGUACGCUUCACAGCGGUAGUUCAAUGGGAUUCACCAGUUCAAAAGUCAGACACAGGGAAAUCGACCGAAGCCGAAGCGCCACUCUCAGCAGCACGGCCUCCCGCAGCAGCAGUUACAGAGGUAACCACCUCCGCCACUGUCUCUAUACAACCCACCAAAAAUCCUGAUGAGAUCGAUAUUAACUUUGAUGACGAGGACGAGAAUGAUGAUGGCCAACAGAUGGAGAAAUCUGAAGGAAAGACUGAGCUGGCCGUCCCUAGUGCUCCAACCCCAGCUGCAGUAGCGAAUCCAGAUGAAAUCCAAAUUGAGAUGGAUAGCGAAGAUGAUACGGAACCAUCUCAACCUCAGUCUCAGCCUUUGGAGUUUUCAACAGGCUCCAGGAGCCCCAAGCCAUUAAAGACCCAUCCGACCUGUACAAAGUUCCUUGCACUUGACAAAUGUUUGCCGGGGCGCAAAUUUCUUGAGAUCGUUCACUUUCCUGAGCUCAAUGAGCCGAUUGAAUUCAAGUAUGAUGAGGAAUGGCUGGCAAUUGUUCGGACAUUGGAUCCGUUCCUAAGCUUGGAAACCACGCAAAAGCAGCCUCUUCAAGGAGAAAGAUUGAUGCAUGCAUUAAAAGUUAAUCGAGAAUGGGUUCAAGAGAAUGUGACCAAGAAGCGUGGACUGGCCAUUCCACUAAACUUUCAGCCAACAGCACCCGCCCAUGACGAAGUGCGGACGAUGGGACCACAGGAAAAGCGAGCUUGUAGUAAGUUUGAGUUUGACCCUGAGGUUAUUUAAAACGUGUUAAUUGAAGCUUUUACGUUUGAUUGAAUGAAAAUAUGAAUGGGCUAGUUCUUUGGUUUGUUUAUUUUCCUGAUUAAUCUUUUUUCUCGAUCUUAGUUUUGCCCU